CCCCCCUAGUUUGCUUCUGGAUGUCCCGGCGCGAUCGCAGCGCCGGACUGCGCGAACAGCUAUGGCAUGGAUAGGUUGCCUCGAGCCUUUCAGAACCCAGGGUCACUGGACCUCAAUCUCCAGGCAGUGGUGCUGGUUCAACGCGCUCUUGCAGGCGCUGGCAAGUAUCAGUGAUCCUCGAUGGUGGAGCCUCUUGAACUUUGCGAAGGACUCGGCCUCAUCUGGGCACAAAGAUGUCUUGACCUUCUUAGCGCCGGUCCUUCAGCACCUGAACCGCGAGGACGCCGCGUUCCCGUCGCCCGCGGAGGACGGCGACGGGAACGGCGACGCGCUGGCGCGCCUGGCGCUGGCGAUCCAGGAGGAGUGUGGUAUGUCGUCCAUCUCCGGUGAGCAACAAGAUGCACAUGAAGCCUUCAUCAAGUUAUUGGAGUCGAUCCAUUCCUCGCUUUGUCGACGGCAGCUCAGAAGCUUCCAGCAGCUCCAGGCGUUCAGCGUGGCCAGGCCAUGCCUCUUGGGACGCGAAGGGCUGCUGAGUUGGUGUGAAGCGACGCAAGCGAUCCAAUGCUUCGAGGAUCUCUUCGAAGGGGUCUUGGAAGAGACGCGCGUUUGCACCGCUUGUGGCCUCGCACGGGUUGAAAGUUGCCCCUCCAAACAGGCCUUCAGAUGUCUAUCGCUCGAUUUGAUCAACAUCGAUCGUCCCCACUUUUCCAGCGUGAACCUGCUGAGUUUGCUGAAGGCUUCUUACAGCGGACAACCCACCGAGGAGAUCGAUGGGCUGCUCUGUUACCGCUGCUCCCUGGAGGCCUCCAUCCGCCGUUUCCUCUUGGACUGCGGCGCUUCCUUCUCCGCCGGCCUCGCCUUCCGCCGCUUCAUGCGCCUCGCCGACGGCUUGGCGCCCAGCGGGGCGGAGGUGCUGGAGGCCUUGCGGCCGCUGGGCGCGCCGCCCUGUGUGCUGCGACGGAGGAGUCACUUGAGGUCCUUUCGGAUCAAGGUGGCCCCGAGGAUCCUGACCUUCCACAUGCGUCGCCUGAUCUUUGGCCCUUUCGGCUUCAUCAAGGUGAGCAAUCCUGUUCGCUAUGCCGAGAUCCUUCACGCAGACGACCUGGGCCUUGAUGGGGGUCUCUACUCCUUGUCCUCUGUCAUGUCCCACUUGGGCCAGGCCCACGCGGGGCAUUUCAUCACUCACCGCGUCUGGCCGAAGGGGACGCCCCUUGUGGAAGAGCGCAGUGUGCCCCUCUGCACGCCAUCAGGGAAGGUAGUUCCGUGGUUCCGGAUGGAUUCCAGCCUGAGGAUUCUGCGAGUGCUGUGGCACCGCGACGUGGGCUGCCGCCUCUUUGGGAAAAGCCGACAGACCUCCAAAGUGUGGGUUUGCACCAAUGACGACGACGUCUCGGAAGUGCCAGCGUGGCAGGCCUUGAACCUCCCAGCGGCGUACCUGUUCUUCUACGAGAGGUGCGAAUCCGCUGCGAGAUGACGUCAAUUGCAAAAAUGGACGCGACAUGUCUUUCGCGAUGCAGGGAGGAUGACUUGCCCUAGAAAAACGUCAAUCUCAACAGAGGACCUCCAUUUAUCCGAAGACUGCCUCCCAGGUGGUCCUCGUGAGG